AUGGAGCUCCUUUUCUCAUGGUGGCGGAGAAAAGCAAAGAUAGUUUUGGUGGCUGAUAUCUGGAAGGCACUCCUUAUAAUUGUAUGCCAACAAAUUUGGGUGGAAAGAAAUAGACGAAGGUAUGACAACCAGCGCAACACUCCAAUGCAAGUCAUGCAACGUUGUAUCGCUGAGAUUGCAGAUUGCUCUAUAGCCAAAGGAAUCCAAAUUAAAUCAGUAAAUGAUCUAAUGCUAGCAAAAUUCUUCAAGGUAGACACUGCAACGCCCAAAUUGAAGCAAAAUCUUGAAAUUCGAUGGAAGGCGCCCCCUGUGGGGUGGUGGAAACUGAACAUUGACGGCUCUUCCAUUGGCAAUCCCGGCUAUUCAGGUGCAGGGGGGAUUUUCAGGAAUCACCUUGGUGUAACAAGAAGAUGCUUCUCUAUUUUCCAAGGAAUCGGAACGAACUUCCAAGCUAAGAUGGCAGCCUUUUCUAUUGGCAUAAAUGAGGUGAAAGAUCUAGAGGUCGAGCGCCUCUGGGUGGAGUGUGAUUCAGCCACGGUGGUUACUGGCAUUCUUUCCUCUAAGAUCCCAUGGGACUUCCUUCAACGCUGGUGGACUGCUGAAAAUUACCUAAAAUCAAUACAGUGGCGAAUCACCCAUUGUUAUAGAGAGGGUAAUGCCACAGUCGAUGCCCUUGCCAAUCGUGUAGCAAAUUCCAAAACUUCUGAGAACUGGAACGGAUCCCCUAACUUCAUUGCUCAUACUACUACGUGGGAAGCUUUGGGCAGACCGUACUACCGCCUCUCCAAACCUGUAGUGAGGCUGCUACGAUCUUGA